AUGUUGAGUCCUGCUGUGGUGCGCGCCAGGCUCUUCCAGCCUUCAACGCACCUGUUGCUUCGUUCCACUCGUCCGGUCUCUUCCGCCCCUCCGUUAAUUCGCAUCAAAGACGCCACCUUCUACCAGAAGUACCCAACCCCCGAAGAAAUCGCCGACGUCAGCCCGCACAACCCUCCCCUCUUCCCCAAUUUCAACUUCGUCUUACCUUCUGAUGGAGCCAGUCCUUCGAGCAGUAAGGCCGAGGGGACGCAGAAUUGGGCAGUGAUCGGCUCCUCCGGGCGGACGCAACUCCUAGACGUCCUCCGCGGCCAGUACGUCUGUCUGCCGCCCAAUGCACGCUCCUACCCUUACCUCCUGACCGACGAGAUAUACAACAAGGACCCGCAGCUACGCUAUGCGGGAAAGGCGAUUCAGUAUAUUGGUUUCAGUGGCGAAGGGUCGGAGGCGAUUGGAGGCACGCGCGGCGCCUACUUGAGUGCCCGGUAUGAGAGUCUUCGCGAAGAGACCGACUGGACGGUCCGUCAGUACCUCAAGGGGCAGACAUCUCUGAAUCCUCUGGAAGAGGAGCAGGAAGGAACGGUGAAGGAUCAAAAGCUUCUGGAGCAAGUCAUUACCGAUUUGCGCCUGGGGCCACUGCUCGAUAUGCCAGUCGCAAACCUGAGCAAUGGUCAGACACGCCGGACUCGCAUUGCGAAGGCCCUCCUCAGUAAACCAGAGCUUCUGCUGCUGGAUGAUCCUUUUAUGGGUCUCGAUCCAGCUACUACGCGUAGUAUCUCUGGCUUGCUGCAGCGCCUGGCGGCCAAAUCGGAUCCCCGGUUGAUCCUGGCUCUGCGGCCACAGGAUUCUAUUCCGGAUUGGAUCACGCACACCAUGAUACUGGGCAAUUCUAACCAUGUCCUACACCAAGGUCCUCGGUCCGAGACGGAAAAAGUGUUUGAGAUCUGGAGGUCCGCUCUCGGCGGCAAAAAGACCGAUUCGUACUCGGCCGAGGAUAAGGCCAUCUACCAGAAAGCAAGGGAAGCCAUCGAUGCAGGCCAUCUGGACCGUCAGCUUCUGUGGGACCUGCGCUUGCUCUCCUCGAAAGCCAGCCAGGUGGGCCUUGUGGCUCCUCGAGGGGGCGAGGCAUUGAUUGAGAUGGAUGGCGUGCGCGUGCAGUACGCUGACAAAGUUGUCCUCGGAAACUGGACGCAGAAAGUCAACAACGAAGAAAAGGAAGGCCUUCAUUGGACCGUCCGCCGCGGCCAGCGAUGGGUCAUUCUUGGAGCCAAUGGAUCCGGAAAAACCACCUUGCUCUCCCUGAUUACCUCGGACCACCCACAAGCCUAUGCUCUUCCCAUGAAGCUUUUUGGACGGUCUCGUCUGCCUGAGCCCGGCAAACCGGGCAUCUCGAUUUUCGAACUCCAAUCACGGCUGGGCCACUCCUCCCCGGAGAUUCACGCCUUCUUCCCGCGACAACUCACCGUCCGUCAGGCCGUCGAGUCGGCCUUUGCCGAGACCUUCCUCUCCAAGCCGAAGCUCGACCACGAGCGCGAUCUCGACGUCAGUGCCGCCCUCCGCUUCUUCAAAGCCGAACUUGACCCCGACGCGGCGAUCACCACCCGCGAGAAACCCCCACGCAUCACCAUCGAAUCGAAGGAGCUCUUCCCCCGACUGGGACAGCAAAAGGGCGGCGCGAUCUACACACCCACUGACUACGACGUGGAAUACGCUGACGGCGUGCGCUUCGGCGAGCUGGACACCGCCCAGCAACGUCUGGUCCUCUUCAUCCGCGCCCUGAUCCACAAACCGGACAUCGUCAUCCUCGACGAGGCCUUCUCAGGCAUGCCCGCGCACAUUCGGGAUAAAUGCAUCCACUUCCUCGAGGCGGGCGAGCACUCGCGCAACCGGGUCUCCACCGCCACUCGGCGCACCACUCUCAAGGAGACCUGGCUCAAGGGCUUCAACGUCAACGAAGCCACCAUCCGCCACCACGGCCUGUCCGACGACCAGGCUCUCAUCAUGAUCAGCCACAACCGCGAGGAGAUCCCCGACUCGGUCCGGUACUACAUGCGUCUCCCGUCGGAGAACAUCGACGACGCCAGUGAGCCGCUGGACUUCCGCUUUGGCGUGCUCAAGUACGAGAGUACGAUGAACCACCCGGACAUCUGGAAUGUGGCGUGGUCGCCGCCGUCGGAGUUUAAGAAACACGCCCGGAAGUCUUGGCGGAGGAAGGACACGACGGAGUCAGAACACGAUGACCAGGACGAGGAGGUGUAUGAUUGGUACUCGUUUUAG